ACCGUGUCACGCGUCACAGACCCAGGUGACAGUAAGGAAGUGAAAAUGGCUGCGACGGGGCAGGAGGCAGCUGCUAUGGACAGCAUUUCUCGCGCGCCUCCGUCAGUGCUUCAGCUGAGGAUCGACGCUGAUCCCGUAGAAGAGCCCGAAGAUCCAGGACAUGAUGAGGCGAGAGAGAAUGUAGCACCUGCGCCCAAAAGAUCCACCAACAACAAUGAUGGUGGAGUGGAAACGGCAGAAGAGGCUACAGAGCCGGCUGAGCCUGACAUCAACGAGCUCUGCAAAGACAUGUUCGAGAAGAUGGCAGUGUUUCUGCAAGGAGAACUCACAGCCACUUGUGAGGACUAUAAACUUCUGGAGAAUAUGAACAAGCUCACCAGCCUGAAGUACAUGGAGAUGAAGGACAUUUCGAUCAACAUCAGCCGUAACUUGCAAGACCUCAAUCAGAAGUAUGCAAGCUUGCAGCCAUACCUAGACCAGAUAAACCAGAUUGAGGAACAGGUCACAGCUCUGGAGCAGGCUGCGUAUAAACUGGACACGUACUCCAAAAAACUGGAGGCCAAGUUUAAGAAACUGGAGAAGCGCUGAGACGUGAGUGUGUGGAAAGAUGGAGGCCCAGUUAAAGCUUCGGUUCAGAUCAGCCCCGCUUGCUUCAGGAGGCUCCCCGGGUUCCUGCCGUGCUGCUGCUUCUAGUAUUAAUUGGUUUCCAGUAGGAUCCAGAAACACACCUUCAGGUUUCUUGGAUAAACACAGUUUUAUGAUUAGCUCCUGAUUUUGCUCAGAUUGUGGAAAAGACUCCAAGAAGCUUGUGCACUGGUCUGCAAAAGCAUGGACAUUGUGGCCUUUCAUGUUUGAUGUGAGCCCUGUAUCCAUGUCCGAUAUCUUACAGCUGAUGUACUGAAGGAAACUUGCAGCGUUGGGUUUGUGUGUGCGUGUGAACCUGACUGAACCGUGUGAUGAGGAAUAAAGUGCUGUAAUUGACUGUAGUGGGUUAAAAAGAAUGACCCUAGUUUGAUGACCCUAAAAUUAAUUAAAAAUGUCCCUAGUAUCUGAUUUGAUUUUCUAUUUAAUAUUGUACUAAGAUCUCUUAUUUCUGUAAAGUAGUAUGUUGGAUGACUGGAAAUGCAAACAUUUCUGUAAAUGUUCAGUCCUUUUUUUAAAUAUAAAACAUUCUGUUAUGGUAUUUGUGAAGGUAUAAAAAUACAGUGGAAGAUGCAGAGUGGUUAUUAAAAAGGCAAUUUCUGAACCUGAA